AUGGAGCCUAUUGGUACCUCUGCUUCGUUACUCACACUGAUUGAUGUAGCAUUGAGGACAUUCAAACACAUCAAGAGCCUCGUGAACGGUUAUCAAAAUGCCCCGGCAGAAGUUAAAGAUCUUGGACAUCGAUUAGAUGGGUUAGACAGCAACUUGCGAUUGCUUCGAUAUGUACAGGUGACACUUUCUAAUGAUGAAGGCGCUCUACACCUCGAUCGCACUGCUUUUGAGGUGUUGCAACGGUCAUUGAUGGCGACUAGUGUCGUAUUCUUGGAGAUCCGUACCUUUCUGACGAGGAUCACACGGAGAGAUGGUCGGACGGCUCGUCUUAAGUGGGCACUAUACGAUGCAAAAAAAGUAAAAGCAUGGGAGGAUCGUCUCCAGCUUCAUGGCGAUAUUCUUCAAAGAACUUUGCUGCUACUUCAUAAUCGGUAUAUGAGUAAUUUUGAAGCCGAGUUCAAGGCUUUCAAACAGGAAUUACUAAACUUACAAGCCCACCCGCCUAACAGUCAGCCAUCGAAGGGUGCGGGGCGAUUCUCCUGGGCUAGGAGUGUAUUCGGAUCAGACUGGGCAUUGCCAUAUAUUGUGAGAGUGAAUGGAUCGGUAUGUUGCUCCGAAGAUUCGACACAUUUGCGCUCAUAUGGAAUUUCCGUGAGACUGCACGCCUUAUUCUGCCUCAAGGUGUUUUCCAUGGAAACGAGGUUUAAACUAGUCUCUCUAUUCGGUGUGGAGGUCUCUGCCAUUGCUACCGGGGUAGUACUUAAAAACGUCGUUCCAGAGGAUUCCUUGAUUAUGAGAGCUUGUCAGACUGGGAACACUUUCGUAGUCUGGAACCUUUUGAAUGAGGGUAAAGCAAGUGUGAACGACGUAACCCCGGAUAACUUCUCCCCGUUUUCAUAUGCGAUUGCAAGUGGCUCAGUGGAGCUUCUGAAGCAGCUCGUCUGGAGAGGGGCUGACCCUAGAAAAUCUUUUGGACGAUUUCAGACAAGUCCACUUGAUUGGGCAUUUGCACAUCGACAGCUUUCGGUUGUACGGUAUUUAUUGGAAAAUCGUGUGGAUGUCCACCACAUCAGUGCCAGAGGAUGGACGGCGGCAUUUAGUCUCUUCGGCGAAGAGCCAGAACACCAAGCCCCUUGCGAAGAGUUUCUGGAAGUUAUUUCAGCUGCCUCUUUCAGCGAUUUUGACGCUCAAGACGGGGACGGAUGGACUGCUAUGCAUAGAGCCGCGGCGUUUGGCAAUGCGAGCCAGAUCAAAUCACUGAUAUCGAGAGGCGCAUCACCCAAGAUCCAAACCAGAAAUCUGAUGUGGGCUCCAAUCUUCUGCGCUGUUCAGUUCAACAACAUGUCGACUUUCAAGGAACUCACUAGAUACCAGCCGAACUUCCUCACUGCCACUGAUGUACGCAAAUGGACUCUCCUUCAUUUGGCAGUUGAAUCCAAAAGCCUUGAUAUAAUGAGGUUUCUUAUCGAUCUUGGAGCAGAUCCUCGUGCCUACUCCUCUCCUACUCAUUUCUCCAUACCGGAUGACCUGGAGGAUAUGUCCCUUUUGCCAGAAGAUAUUGCGAGGGUCCAUGGAACUCAUAUUUUCUCUAACUAUUUGGAUGCCUUGGUUGCAAAGGGACAUGAUGUUCAGGCCGUCGAUGAUGAGCAAGACAACUCACUCGACCUUUUCUGGCCUGCUUUGGAGCAUGCCGUCGAGAUGGAAUGA